GCCCAGGUGACUGGUCUCGUGCUCCACUGGGAUGUGCGUUGAUAUGGAUCCAGCUUCUAUCUUCGAGGAUGCUCUAAAAGGGCUAACCACGAAAGAUUUCAAUGACGCAGAGACCCCAAAGAUCGAUGCAAAACAAGAACAGUCGUCAGUUGCAGAUUCCAAAAUUCCUGUUGUCCUGGAGGGUCACGCAAACGUAAAUGUCUAUCCCAAAAGAAGCCCUUUGGUCACGAACUCCCCUCUAUCUAACACCCUAUCUCCUGCUCCUACAUCUGUUGCUACUGUUUGUCCUGAAGGUGACAUAAUCCUAAAUGCCCUCAUCAAUGCCGGAAUCGCACCAUCCUCUCUGAGUUCUUCUGGAAUCGCCGGUUCGUCGAAGUCGGACUCAGCAAAACAGCUUGUAUCAACCCCCACACCCAAUGUAAAAAUAUUAAGCACAAAAGGAUCCACGGUUUUCAAAAUCGUCCCCAAAUCCCACCUCAGUUCGGAACUCUUAGGGCAACAACCUCAGCUGAGAAUGGCUAGUCAGUUGUUAAGGAGAUCUCCUCCCAGAAAUGGAAGCGUCGCUUCUGUUGGUGUCCCCAGAGCCCCCAAUAUCAUCCGAAAGAGACCCCAGCCCUUUGCAGACACACUGACACAAUCCCCGGCGAAGCUUCUUAAAACCGCCAGUAGUCUUUCUGAGUUGGAUGCUCAACGCCUGCGAACAUCUGAUGCUCUUCUUCCCAUUGUAUCUACUGCCCCAACAAACCUAAAUUGGCUUGAAGGAUCACAAGUUCCCAGGGCUCCCGUGUCAACCCGCAGUCUGCAACCAUCUAAUGUUCCGGCGAAUAUAAUCAAACCAUAUAUGUUCAAACGGGAUGACGACCUUGACGAAGAUGAGGACCUAGCACAGGCAGAGACUUAUGCAGACUAUGUACCCACGAAACUUAAACUCGGCUCCAAGCAUCCAGAUCCUGUCGUCGAAUCAAGUUCAUUGUCCAGUGUGUCGCCCCCGGACAUACACUACCGACUGCUUCUGCCUGACGAAGUUAUCGAUCGUGGUUGUUUGUCAGCGUUGCAGCUCGAGGCUGUGAUGUAUGCUUGUCAGCGGCACGAAUGUAUCCUUCCAAAUGGUCAACGAGCUGGUUUCUUAAUAGGUGACGGUGCUGGUGUUGGGAAGGGACGCACAAUUGCAGGGAUUCUAUAUGAGAAUUACCUGCGACACCGCAAAAAAGCAAUUUGGCUUUCAGUUUCCAAUGACCUCAGGGUUGAUGCUGAACGGGAUCUUCGUGAUGUCGGACUCGGCAGAAUCAAAGUCCAUUCUUUGAACAAAUUCAAAUACGCCCGUAUUUCCGGAAAAGCCAACGGCCGUGUGAAGAAGGGUGUCAUCUUUUCCACGUACUCCUCCCUCAUUGGUGAAAGCCAAGGUAGUGCUAAGGCAAAGUACAAAACACGUCUGAAACAACUGGUCCACUGGUGCGGGAAGAAAUUUGAUGGACUAAUUGUAUUUGACGAAUGUCAUCGUGCGAAAAACCUCACCCCAAGUGGCUCACAGAAACCAACUAAAACAGGCCUCACGGUACUCGAGCUACAAAACCGGUUACCCAAUGCUCGUAUAGUUUACGCCAGCGCUACUGGUGCCACUGAGCCACGAAAUAUGGCUUACAUGACUCGUUUGGGUCUUUGGGGAGAGGGAACUCCCUUCAAAACGUUCAAUUCUUUCAUCCAAACUCUUGAACGACGUGGUGUUGGUGCAAUGGAGCUUGUAGCGAUGGAUAUGAAACUACGUGGGAUGUAUAUUGCACGUCAACUGAGCUUUCAGGGUGUUAACUUCACUAUCAGGGAAGUGGCUAUUGAAGAUGUACGUCUCAAAAACCACGCGUUCAUUCACGUUUACAAUCAGUGUGCUGAUCUGUGGGUGUAUGCUUACCGCUUUUUCUCGGAAGCCACUCGGCUGAUGUGUCCAGGUGAUCGUUACAGAAAGACAAUGUGGGGCCAGUUCUGGUCAGCGCAUCAACGCUUCUUCAAAUACCUCUGUAUCGCUGCCAAAGUAGAUGCGUGUGUUGAGCUCACAAAGGCGGCCAUCAGGGAGGGCAAAUGUGUUGUGAUCGGCCUACAGUCGACAGGUGAAGCAAAAACCCUAGAACAAGUGGAGGAAAUAGGCCCGGAUCUCGGAGAUUUCGUAUCUACAACCAAGGGCGUAUUCCAGUCUCUUGUGGAAAAGUAUUUCCCAACUCCAAGUAACCUUGAAAACUUUUCUCUUCGUGGAGAGAAGCUGGCUACUGCUGGUGAUCGCAGUUCUUCAACGACUCUGAAUCGUGCUGGUCGUGCUGUUGCGGGAGGGCAAGGCAGUGGUCUAGGAUUGAAGGAUAUUCUUGGCGACAAAAUGUUUGCCCGGCUGAUAUCUGGUGGAAGUUUAUCUGGCUCUACAGUGGAAGAUGAAUACAACGGAUCCAAGGCAGGAGAUAAGCCGUCCCCUGAUUCUGACGACGAAGAUGAUGAUGAACGCUCUGAGGAAUCUGAUGACGAGGACGAGUCAGAAGGCAUUUCGACUUUGAAGACUAAAGAUGGCAAGCAUCACCAUUCUUCAUCUUCAGACUACUAUGAUUCUGAUUUGGAGCUGACGUCCUCUCACUCUGGUACCACCGCUUCUCGACGUCGCACAAAAAAGACUGGUCUACAAAAGUCAAACAAAACUGUUCGUCGCAAACGACAUGAGGGGAGCUCUUCCGAAUUGUCAGAGAAUUCCGAUGAGGAUUGGGAUCCAGAUGCUCUUUUUGACAGUUUUUUAGCUCGCCAAAAUUCAUUAGUACGCACUGGCACGGAUAAAUCCCGAAAAAUGAAUUCCAACAGCCUUCUUGAUGACUUCGCCGGGGAGGAUUCCAUGCAAGAAUUGUCACAAAAGUAUCUGUUACGUCGAAAUUCCUUUCGAGCAGACGAUUCCUCGUUGCCAGCCCUAGGUGAAGAAACGCGUGGAGUUUCUGCCGAGGAGGCUGCGCGGCAAUGUGGGGAGAUGCAAAGUUUGCUUUUACGAUUUAUCGAGAAACUUGGGUCAAAACUACCACCCAGCUCUCUUGAUGAACUGAUUGACAAACUAGGUGGGCCAUCCUGUGUUGCUGAGAUGACCGGACGUAAGGGACGAAUGGUUAUGGGUGAUGAUGGCCGUGUUUCGUAUGAAUCACGACGGGAGUUCGACGUCAAUUUAGAAAUCCUGAAUCUCACUGAAAAGCAGCGAUUCAUGGACGGUGAAAAACUCAUUGCAAUCAUAUCAGAAGCAGCUAGCAGUGGUAUUUCUCUGCAAGCUGAUCGCCGUGCUGUUAAUCAACGCCGUCGUGUUCACAUCACUCUGGAACUUCCUUGGAGUGCAGACAGGGCUAUUCAGCAGUUUGGCAGAACUCAUCGUUCAAACCAGGUGAGCGCGCCAAAAUAUAUAUUUCUCAUAUCAGAUCUGGCUGGGGAGCAAAGAUUCGCUUCCACCGUUGCGAAACGCCUUGAGUCAUUAGGUGCCCUUACUCAUGGUGAUCGACGUGCGACUGACACUCGGGAUCUCUCACAAUUUAAUAUCGAUACGAAGCUUGGGCGCGAGGCACUUGAUAUUGUCUUACGUGCAUGUAUUCAUGGUGAUGAAGGCAUUGUAGAGCCGCCUACAGAUUACAUCGGCUUCGAAGAGGACACUACAGAACAUCCACAAAAUACGCUAGCUACCAACGCACAUCGUUUCUUCGUCGAUGUUAAAGCCAGUCUUCAAGGCGUGGGUCUCGCUGCCGGUCGUACUAGAGACAAAGACAGUGGUCAGAUGUCCAAAUUCCUCAACCGUAUCUUAGGUCUACGUGUACAUAUUCAAAAUGGACUGUUCCGUUACUUCUCUGACACAUUGGAAGAACUAGUUCGCCGAGCGAAGCGCGACAAUCAACUUGAUUUGGGCAUCAUGGACUUGGGAACAAGUGGACAAAAUCUAGAGAUUGUGUGGACCAAAAGCUUUGAUACGUGGUUUCUUUCUGAAUCGACCCAAGUCCAUUUGCACAAGGUCACGGCAGAGCGCGGGCUUUCUUGGGCACAGGCCAUGGAAAUCUACACACAACAUGAUGGUACCCAUGAUGGGUUUUACUUGCCCUCUAACCCUGCAUCCAGUAAGAUCGUCAUCCCGAUCUUAGCUGUGUUUGUCAAAUCGCGUGCUUCCGCACGUUCGUCCGGAAAAGUGGAUACAAAAUACUACCGCAUCUAUCGUCCGAAUACUGGUAUGCAGGGCCGUCUGCUUGAAUUGGACAAACUGCUCGAACGCUACUCCCGUGUUCCAAACCCAUCUGAUUGUCAGGAUGCCUGGCAUCGCGUGUUCAAAACAAGCACCACCCGAUGUAUCCAUCUUAUGCAACACGGCUUCUGUCCUCGCGUGGCGCAGCAGCGAACGGUUUGUGAAGUCGGCCUUCGGGUGCGAACCUAUUUUGUACUCAGUGGCUCCGUCCUCAAUGUAUGGGCUCAGGUCGAACCACUUUUGCAAGGAUAUUCCAGUCUCACAAGAUGUAUGCAAGUGGUGCGGCUAAAGUCUAGUGAUGGCAAACGAAUCGUCGGAUCCCUAAUACCCCAAGAAUGUGUUGAUGAUGUUUUACGAUGUCUUUCAUCACCCCCGACACCUCUAUCUUCAGAUGGGUUUUCUGACCUGACGGGCAGGAUGAACCGUACGGCGGGUUUUGAAUCCACCCUCUCGAAAACCAAUAGUCUUUCACGACCCUGGUCUGCAAAGCCCGGUCCCAAUGUGCCACACUCUCAAAAAGCCUGGCAAAUGGCGCAUAGACCGUAUACUCACUUCCCGCGUGGAAACCAUUUGAAUGGACGCGGAUAUCCCCCAUCUAACCCACAGAGUGUGUUAAGGACACAACAACGCCAAUUCACACAGCCCCGUAUCCACUCAUCUAGCUACCGUCAAUUUCAUCGUCCUAGUCUUCUGCGCAAUAGCUUGCCAAGUACUAUUCAGAGCGACCAUGCCACCGGUUCUCAUCCGAUUGGUUCGGCUACUCUGUCCAACAGUCAUCUGAGCAGUUCGUCUCAACUCCCAUUCACUGGAGUAGGGUAUUCCCUCCAUCAAUUUCCUGCUUCACUAACUCAACCGAGAACUGUUUUUCAAGAACCGGCUAGCCAGCUUGCCACGCACCCUGUUCGUCGAAGUGGCAGUCGGUUGAAUGCAGCACUUUCUAUUCCCAUUGAUAUGGCGCCUCCAUUCACCAGCGAAUCUUCAGUCGGUCCUGGUUACUCAAGUACCGAACAAUUGCAACUACCCACGACAGCGCCAAUGCAACCUCCUAUUACCUCGAUCUCCACUGCACCCCAAAUUUCUCAAUCAACUACUCUUCCUACUUCUGUUUCUGAGCCCAGCUUGGCUGACUCGAAGGCGACUGUCAAGCGACCCGUUCCGGGUAAAAUGGUAAAGUUCAAAGUCAAGUGGAAAGAAGGCUGAUUUCAUCUGUAAUAAAGCUUUCGUCUUUCCCCAAUUUCAUCAAAACGUAUAUUUUCCUAUACAUCAAGCCUGAGUGAUCUUUAGUCCCGCUGCGCACACUCAUUCGCAAUCCAGCUCAGAUCCCGCUUCAGUCAUUCAAUCGGGGCUUAGUCAUUCCUUACCCAUUGGCUUUGUAAUCAAUAGGUGUUUAUUUUUUUAACAGACCUGAAUCCCGCUGCCGUUCGUUCGACUGUUCGUUGGUUGUGAUUGCUCAACAAUUGUCUUCAGUCCCACGAAGCAUUUGUGCCUGGUUUUGUCUGUCCCCUUUGCAAAGUACCCUGUGUAAAUACCCUGUUAAGACAGUCUUGUUGUCUAUGUCCACAAUGAUCAAUAGUCAUGCACUCAUUCGGUUGCCAGUCACCGUACCUGUCGUACUGUUUCGCAUUUCCACACUUUUGUACACGCUACGAAGUUUCUCAUCGAUGCGAGUGCAUAUCGUCACCUAACCGACUGUUUUUCUAUGUGGCAUAGGAACAGAUUCACCCGUGUAAGAGUACCAUUUUUGAUGUCCAUACAGCUGGCACCCAUAACGGUUAUCUGACCGUACUCUAACCAGGACUACUGGUAGAGCGUGUGCAUAUGUUGAUUUGUCGCUCUGCACCUUGUUCUCCGUCAGCUAUUCAACCAGCUCUGUUUUUGUGCCUAAACAGAAGCAAUGUGAUCUAUUUGGUUUAGAUGUGUGUGACCUUUACCAACAAGU